UACAAUAUUAAUUGAAAUAAAGAAUAUUUAUGUUUAUUUAAGUAUUUAAAGAAGUAAUUGAUUAUUAUUUUCCUUUUUUUUUACUCUUAUUGUAUUUUUUAUUGUUUAUUAAACUAAUGGACCCUUACAUAGGUAUAAACAAUGCAAAAUUUCAAACUAUCUUUACUUUGUUGCAAAUUAUCCAUAAUUCCUAGAAUUUUCAAAACCUAUUUAUAUUAUGUAACCUUGAAUUGUUCAAUAUGCAUCAAAUUUUUAAAUCGGAUGUGAGAUUAUAUUAUAAUUUAUUAGUUCUCAAAUUUCCUUUUUGAGAUAAGUCUUUCCAGUAUACCAGUGCAGUAAAAAGUGCAGGUAAUCAAGUUAUGGAGAAUUUAAUUCUUGAAACUAAUAAAGUUAAGAAGUUAUGUGUUAUCAAACGGGGCAACAAGUGGUAUAUGCCAGAAACAAUACCAAAAGAAAGAAAUUCUUUGAUGCCCAGUUUUGCUCUUAUUAUUGUGCUACUUUUAUUGGUUCACUAUUGUUUCCAAUUUGCUGGUGAUUUUGCUGAAUUUUUAGGUUUCUAUUCAGCUGUAAUCCUGUUCUACAUCAUAUGUUACAUCACCUUUUAUAGAUUGCUGCUCCUCUUAUAUGAAAGAAAACAUUUAGUUUCAAUAUAUAAGAAUGAUAAACAAAAACUAUUUCAUGCAGCAUUUUCUUUUCAAUAUAAAGCCAUAAUACUUAUAGUACUCUGUAUGGUUUAUGCCUCAGGUUAUGGAAUUCUAUCUUUAGCUCAAUCGAUCAGGUGUAUUCCAUGGACCAGUGUUUGGGUGUUAUUCUUUUUACAUCACUUAUUGGGAUUGAAUGAUUUCCCUAUUAAUGACUCUCUAUUGAUAGCAAAAAAUGAUGGACUCGACUAUGGCUCUGGAAUGGCAUAUUCCUUUUUCUAUGGCUAUUUGAACUAUAUUUUAAAUAGAAUUGGAGAACCUGGUCAUACACUAAAAGACAUGAUGCAAGUGUAUGAAUCGAACGAAAAUAUAAAUUUCGCCAUGUACAAAAUUUUUAUUUUAAUCCCAAAGUCAUUGACAUGCCAUGAGCAGAUUGAUGAUGUGUCCCGCAUAAUGGAAAUGAGAAAAUCUUUAUUGGAAAAGAAAAUUACAGUGGCGGGGGUGCGAGAUCGGAUUUACAAAAAUUCAGUAUAUUCUAUUCAGAAUCCGUACAUGCGUUUGUACCAAAGUGAGGGUGGGAAUAAUUUUCCAAAAAAAAUAUGGGUUUGUGCGGAAUAUGCGACACCUCUGAAGACAUUUCAGGAAGUUAUUAAACAUUCUACCGCACACGCAGAAUUUUACAAUAGACACAUAAACGACAUUCUCCUGCAAUUCUAUUUAACCCUGGAGGAAAUUUUGGAGCGCACCAAUAUGUCUUCCAUGUGCGAAUUGGUCUUUUAUGAAGAUUCUAAGAUCCUGGAUGGAAAAACGCAUUACUACGAUAUUGGUAAAAUUCUUUUGUCCAAGAUCAGUGAACUGAAAAAAAAUGAAAGACCUAAAGAUGAGUGAGCUGACGAUAUUUUUUGUAUUUUUUAUAUCAACAACAGUAAUUAUUAGUAUUAUGGUAACAGUUUUUUUAAUUUUAUUUCACUCAUUUUGUCUGCUGCUGUGAUUGACAUUGCCAAUUAUGGUAGUUAUAUAGUAUAGGUAGUAUGGUCAAAGACAGUUUAAAGUAUGGACUUUAGAUGUGUUUGUCUGAUUGAUUCAACGAAGUAGCAUAAAAUAAGAACUUUUAUUAAAUUAUAUUUUGUCGUUAUGAUUUUAAGUUUCUUGUCAUGGAACUGUGAAGCAGUUGUGAUAAAGUAAUUAAAUCAAAUUCAAAUAUG